AAGUCAGUUACAGUUUGUGAAGCGAAUUCAAACAAACAUGAAGGUCAUUGCUCUGAUUUUGGCAGCUGUCGCCCUUUGCUCCGCCGCCCCCCGUGAGGAAGGUCCAGGAUGCCGCGCUCCAAAUGGUGGUGGUCUUGUUCCUGUCCUCGAAGAAUUCCUCGACUUGGUUCCACUUGACCAAGUCUUGGAAAUCCUCUUGACCGCCAUCACCUCUGAUCCAGAAGUCCAACAGGUAAUGGAGUACCUGUCAGGAGAAGAAUUCCACGGAAUCCUUCUUAGUAUCAAGAACGAUCCUGAAUUCGACGGUUUGAUUGCCUUCUGUUGCCAAGAAUUGUACCUCGAUGCUGCUUACUACAUCAACUUCGUCCUCGGUAUCCUUGGAUUCCCUGAAAUCCGUUCAGACCGUGCUUACCGUGCUGGUGGAUUGGCGGGAAUGUUGGAUGAAAUCAUCGCUCUUAUCCCACUCGAUGCCUUGGAAGUCCUCCUUGAGGAGAAAUUGGCCACCGACUACUACCUUCAAUUGGCUUUCAAGAAGAUCAACUCUGAUGAAUUCGGUGCCGUGAUUGAACGUCUUCAAGCCAACGUUGCUUACGUCGACAUGAAGGAUCGUCUGCGUGGUUUGGGAGUUGAUGUUGAUGGCAUUAUUGACUUCAUUAACAAGAUUUUCCAACGUUAAAUAUUGUAACUCAAAGAGUUGAGCAAAAUAAAUUCUGUUUGAAUUA